CGUUCUCACUUGUUUGUCAUUAUUUACGUAUAUGAAGAUAAUUGGUUAUUAAUUUUUCGAGAAAACCAAAUAAUAAUGAAAUGAACGAUUUUGUCUGCUGUUUCAAGAGUGGAACUUAAAAUUGCGAAAAAGAAUAUUACACAUACACGCGCGUCUGUGGGGAAGGCUACAUAUACGUAGGAGCCAGUCCAUCUGAAUGUGCUGAUGGUGACGGAUGGAACAAUGAAACAAGAGGAGGUUUUAAUGCAGGUUAGAAGCAGUUUAGCAGCAGAAGACAAAGGAGCAGCCGAAGACCUAGCGGCAGCAGCCAAUUCGAAAAGGAAUUUGAUCACGUACCUUCCAACAACUUACUAUUUAUUAAGUUGUUGGUGUCAUAUACCGAUCCAACCUAUCUAAACAAAACCAUUGCAAACGACAAUCUCUACUAGACACUAUAGUUAAUUUCUUCGAUACAUUGCUGCUGCGAAAAGUAUGGAUUUGGAGAAAAUUUUUUGUGCUUUGGAGUCUAAUCAAAACUACGAAUAUGAAGAAGCGAAAAGAAAAUUGAUAGAGGUUUUCACACAAAGUAGAGAGCAGUGGCUUGUCCACUAUAUGAUGGAGUAUUACUUGAAGACUGGCUCCGCGCGAAUAAUUGAGGUCUUGGUCAAAGUUCAGACACCACAUGACGGCUAUAUAUUUGAUCGUUUAACAGAGUGGUUGAAAGCAGCUUCUCAUCGGAUAAAAGCGUUAAAUUUGUUUUGUUUUGUGGUGCGUAAGCAUCCAACUUGGUUAUUUAAGGUGGAAAAGCAUCGCUUAAUUAAAGAUAUGCUCCAUUGGCUGAAACAAUUGGAGAUUGAGAAAGAAAUUGUUCCUUUGAUGAGCGCGUUGUUGGCCAUAAUUACUCUGUUACCCAUUAUACCGAACUUGGUGCCGAAUUUUCUAAAUGAUCUAUUCGGAGUUUUCGCACAUUUGGCUUCAUGGAAUAGCCAAAAUACGAAUCGUUUAUCAGAAGAUAAGCUGGUGCAUCUUCAGUUGGGCUUGCAAAUGCUAUUUCAUCGCCUCUAUGGAAUGUUUCCGUGCAAUUUCAUGUCAUACUUGACUGAAUUUACUAAACGAGAAAAAGGAGCUAUUUUCCAGCAUACAAUUAAACCUUUGUUGGAAACGGUUCGUUUACAUCCGAUGCUGAUUACUGCUACGCCUGAAAGUGAGGUCAAUUCAGAGCGUUGGAAAGAAAUACAGCCACAUGAUGUAGUCGUAGAAUGCAUGCGUCUUUCGCUGCCUUUUAAAUAUCAUGACAUUUCUACUACAAAAGCCGAAACUAGCUCUUGCUGUGCCAUCAGUAACAAAGCUGCGAUUUUAAAUUCAGCAAGUUCUUAUCAUCAGACCCUUACGCACCAUCAAUUUAGAGAAUCACAGCAGCAACGAUUACCUGCUAGUGGCAAUAGUACCGCUUUAUGGAGUCCUUACCAUGAAAUUCUUAAUUCUAGCCACACACCGUUAACUCCUACUCCAACACCAUAUAUUAUGCCAUUACCAUCGUCUGCUUCAACAGCGGCGAAUCAAACAAAUUUGAGUGUAAGCGGCUGUUCGCCACCCGAAGCAGCAGUUGAAGCCACGCCAGAGACCACACCGCUAAAGGAUAACAGAGAUAUUAAACGCAGUAGUAUUGGAAACGCUUCGGGUACAACCAAUCCUUUAGCCGUAAGAGCUAUCUUCGUUACCAGUCAGCCUUCUUCACCGCUCCGUACCAAAGAUUCUUCGCAUCAACAGCAAUUUUUUCAGCAACGGUUCAAUUUUCCUGAUGUAGUUCAAUCUAAUGCAACAAUGUAUGUUGAGCAGGAGUUAAAUACUCGCAUAAUUACUCGAGUAACCAGCAAUGACAGGCGCAUGCAACAAAUUGUGCAAGAUCGGAAUCAAUCCCAGAGUCCUUUUCAAACCAUUGAAGCUCAAGCUGCAAAGAUGGGAUUUGGAACACCGCCCGAAGUGUGUCAAACACCCGAAGUAGACGGUGUGUCUUCAAAUCGUUUCUAUCAGCCCUUUUUUACACCUUUAUCGGAUUUAACAUCUACUUCUACCCCAACCCCUACGCCAACUCCCAAUACAACACCUUCAUUAUUAUUCCCAGAGGUAAAGGUUCCCAUCUGUGAUGAUUGCAAUGAAACUGAUCAAUCGCUAUGCACUAAGGGUGGACUUCAAAUGCCAACUAGCCGCUCAAUGCAGUUGUUGGCUAAAGGUAUUAAAAGACGCAAUCGCAUGACUAGUUACUGUUAUAAUGAGAAGAGUAAUGAAAAAGUCGGUAUAAACGGAACUAAUGACUGCUCUGGUUUCACUUAUAAAGUGCGGAGAACAAAAUCUUGUUCGUCACUGUAUUUGCACCCAUCUAACUCUUGCUGCUCAGAUGACGAUUCCGAUUUAGAUGAAGAUCAAUCCAUUGGCCAUAGGCCAUUACAAAAAAGCCAUAAAAUGAUGGCUAUUGCUAGUGCUUUUAAAACGGUCGCUACAAAUUUAAAGAAAGAAAUAUCGCUUGCAAAAAAACCACUCAUGGAUAAAUACACACAAACAUUGGAGGCGGUGCCCGUUGCAAAUCAUGAAAAUUCUCUUUUACAAAUGCUAAUUGAAAGCAAAGAUUAUCGUAGUGCCUUUGAGGCUUCACGUCAAACUCCUAAUGAAAUACUUGAGCAAUUCAUUGCUCGGGGACUUAGGAAUAAUACUGGGGAUCGUUCCGAUCAAGAGCAAUUCCAACUGCUGUGUUUGCAGUUGCAAUACGAACGUUAUCGUCGCGAAAUUCAUGCGGAACGAAAUCGCCGUUUAUUGGGUCGCAGUCGCGAUAAACGUAGUUUGGAAAUGGAACGAGAUCGUCUGCGAGAACAACUUAAAGAUUUCGAAGCAAAAAAUCUAGAGCUUAGUCUUCAGUUAGACAAAACCAAAAAAAUUACCAAUGAGCGGGAGCGCGAAUAUCAAGAUGAGUUGGAAGCCCUGAAAGUCAAUUAUCAGAAUGAGUUGGAAAAAAAUCGUUGCCUUCGGCAAGCAAAUGAUAAUUUGCAAGCGCGUCUCAGCGAAGAAUUAACUCAGCGUAAAGAUGUUAACUAUGAACUAGAAGCAUUAAGAGGUCAGGUAUUUAGUCUCACCACUGAGCUGCAACAUGCACAGCAGCAGGCCGAGAUGGGGCUUAAAUGCAAGCAAGACUUGGCUCGCUUGGAGGCUGAAAUGAUCAUUAUGGGCGAAGUUCAAAUCAAAUGCAGAGAUCGUUUGGCGGAAAUGGACAAUCUUAGAGUCCGAGAUAAAGAGUUGCAGUCACUGCAGGAAGCUUAUAAUGUAGAAUUUAAAGAAUUAAAGCACACCUUAGAUGAUAAAAGUUCACAGCUGGAUAGUGCUCGUCAUAGACUGCAAGAGUUACAAACUCAGCUAGUGAACAAUGAAAAAGUGAUAACUGAGCAAAAGCGCUUAUUAAAAGCUGUUAAAGAUGAAUAUGAGGAGAAAUUUAAAGCAUUGAAUAAAAAAUAUGAAAUUCAAAAAACCAUUGUUAUGCAAAUUGAGGAGAAAUUUGUAAUGUCCUUAAAUAAACCCACAAUGUUCGCGAGUGUCAAUGCUAGCUGCUCACCAGAUACAGAUAAAACUGAUGUAGCCUCGUCCGUAGAACGUAAUUCUCCUCUUUCAACUUCGUUGGCAUCGAGUGAAAGCCUCUCAACUAGUUUGAGAUCUUCCGAGUUGAGGAACCUGCAGCAACUGGUAGAAACUCCCAUAUCCGAAAUGACUGCCACGUCCACCUCAACUACUACUACGAACUGCAGUACUAGUAUUAGUGUUUUAGGCGUGAGUACCGGUGUAAAUAUCACAGAAGGUGAAAGGGUUCCUGCAUUAGAUUUGGCUUCAUCUGCCAAUACCGUGUCCAACAUUAUGAACACUAUACGGGAUUCUGGUCAACUAAAUUCACCUGAGAUAUCCGCCGUCUCCUCAUCCUGCGUAGACCGUACUACUAGUACUUUGUUAGCAACCAAUGCUACUUCUUUAACGGCCACUACUUCUACUCUGACGCACAUGCAUCCACAUUUGCACUUGCAGAAACAACAAACCGAAACAACUCAACAACGACGUUAAAAAAAAGCACAUAUAUUUCCUUUCUAAAUCGAAUACAAUGUAUGGGGAACGCAAAAGCAAUGUUGGUUAACGCGAGAGACAAAGCAAAGUAAAAAGAUAACAAAUUGUUGUUUAAGUUCUUCUUAUACAUCUCAUAAAGAAUGUAAUAAGAGAAGUGCCCAUCGGAGACCUUGUGAAGUAAAUAAAUAAUUUGUAAGAAGAAAUGUCAAUGUCCGUCUAAGAGUCUGUACAUCUUUGAAUAUAACUGUUAUUCAUUAAAGUUCAUUAAACUUAGUUUUAAAAGAGUUCUCUUCCUCUACGAUUAAAAACUAACCUAUAAGCACGAUCAAUAAAUCGAUAUAAGCCUAUAAAGACUUUAAAGAAAGAAAAACUUUCUUUUGAUGGGUCGAGUAAAACGAACGAAAACGCGAGAGCAAUGCUGCUAAUGAGAAUCAAAAUGACAGAAAAAAAAAAAAAGAAACG